AGACCGUGUUACGCCGUUUUUCUUUGCUAUUCUCCUUCUCACCCCUCAGCAGUCAUGCGUCGCGUCUUCUCCACCUCUCUUCUUCGCUGCGUCGGCGCCGCCGGCGUGAGUUCGGCUGUGCUCUACGGCCCGCAGUUCCGCUUCCAGUCGCAGGCGCCGCCAGGUGUGCCGCCGAGCACGCGGGCACCGCCACAGCAGCAGCGACGCGACGGUGGCAGGCCUGCAGGCGGCCCCGACGCGGACCACCAGCACAGCCACGAUGCGGAGGCGGACUUCGAGCCGCCGCAGAAGCCCACGGAGGUGCCGAAGUUUGUCAAGAUCCACACCAACGAGAAGGGUGUCACCAACGUGCAGCUGGCGCGCGGCCCGGUGAACUCGCUGAGCCUCGAGUACCUGCAGGAGCUGAACCAGUGGCUGCUGUGGCUCGGCAGCAAUGACGAGACGAAGGCCGUGAUUGUGUCGUCUGCGAUACCGACGGUGUUCUCGGCGGGCCUCGAUCUGACGGAGGUGCACAACCCGAAGCCGGAGCGCCUGGCUGAGUUCUGGCACAACGAGCAGGAGCUGUGGCUCAUCCUGAACUCCUUCCCGAAGCCGAUCAUCGCGGCCAUCACCGGCAACUCGCCGGCUGGCGGGUGCAUCAUCGCGAUGGGCUGCGACUACCGCGUGAUGGCGCGUGGACCGAAGGACAGCGCGAGCAACAACCGCCUCUACCGUAUCGGCCUGAAUGAGGCGAAGCUAGGCCUCGUGGCCCCGCCGUGGGCGAUGCCGGCGUAUUCCUACCUGCUCGGGUCGCGUAAGGCGGAGCUGAUGCUGCAGCUGGGCGAGACACCGACGGCUGAUGAGGCGCAGAAGCUGGGGCUGGUGGACGAGGUAGUUGUUGAUGAAGAGAAGGCCGUCGAGGCUGCCUAUCAGCAGGCGGAGCGCUUCCUCGCCGUGCCGCAGCAGGCGCGCUGGAUGGCGCGUGACAUGAUGCGGCGAGAGUACCUGCAGAUGCUGGCCACGGACGAGGAGCGCAGCUACGACAGGGACUUCAUUGUGCAGUUUUUCCAGAACCCAGAGGUGCAGAAGAACCUUGGCGACUAUAUGGAGCGUCUCCGGAGCCGCAGCCGCAAGUGA